AUGAACGCAAGUGAGACCAACGGCCAGAACAGUGCCAAUGAAGACAACGAGUUGUCGAGAAUGAGAGACGAGAACAAGAAGUUAAUUGAUUUGGUGGCAGAAAUCGAUGACAAAUACAAGAGAUCUUUAGCGGACGCCGAGAACACUCGGAUCCGUAUGAGGAAGCAAGUGGACGACGCCAAGGUGUACGGCAUUCAGUCCUUCUGCAAGGAUUUGCUGGAAGUGGCCGAUGUGUUGCAUACGGCCGUCGACUCUGUCCCUCAAGAAGCCAUUCGUGGAGACAAUAAAGUCCUUAAAUCUCUAUAUUCUGGUCUUGAAAUGACUGAAAAGCAGUUGCAGACAGUGUUCAGACGACACGGACUCAUUCAGAUGAAUCCAAUCGGCGAAAAGUUUGACCCCAACUCACAUCACGCUCUCUUCGAAGCCCUGGUGCCCGACAAAGAGCCGGGAAGUGUUGCCACAGUCACCAAAGUUGGCUAUAAAUUACACGACAGAACCAUUAGACCCGCAAUGGUUGGUGUGGUUAAGGCUAACCCGUAA